AAAAGAUUCUCAUUCUUCCUGGAAUGAGAUGUUGUAUGGCAAAACAAUGGGUUACGUGCGAGCACAGUGCAGCCGGCAGGGCUUGAAUCGAGUCUCAAAGGAAAAAUGCUUUACGCCAGACCACAGCCUUCCUGUUGUUCUAGCACUAAAAAGGAAAUGCGCCCACCUGAAAGCUAACCUGCAUCACCACAAAUCUCGUUUGUAUCUCCCACAAAUAAAAUAUUGACCUUUAACGUUAUCAUGCAACGUAAAUUAAUCAUUAUCUCUUGACUUUUUUUACUACUAUUUGUUUAAUACCCUACACAGCAGUAGUGGUGGUAAGCUAACUCUUCAUUAUGGUCUACCGCCCUGCGCAGCACCAGGUCUUAUAUAAACGCGCCUGAACUGCUAGCGAUUUGUUUGUUGUAUUAGUAUUUCCCCCGCCAUCCAGACAAGGAGGUCUUCCGGGGUUCAUGCACAGCUUUUGGUGCUUUCAUGGCUUCUCUUCUUCUUCACGCUUAGUCUGAUGUAAUAGUAAUACUACUCUACUACUGCUCCACAUUAAUCGAACACACGAUUCAUCGUCACCUCAGUCACUCGUUCGAACAUGAACAUGACUGAGCGGCUGCGGCUGCGGCUGCGGCUGCGGCUGCGGCUGCUCACCCUCCUGUAUGUGAUUUCAUGUACCAUCCUCAAUACUUGGUCAGUGGUUCGAGCCUCCACCAGCCAAGAUCAUUUGACCAGCGGUUUUAAAGCCACUCCAAAUCCAGCUGUCUCAACUUUCCAGCCCAUCCUCACCGAUUCCACGGGUAACUACUCGCUGGGCUUCCUCCGUCUCAACAAAACUCAGCUCACCCUCGCCGUCGUCCACGUUCUGUCCUCCGAAACCAUAUGGCACGCCAACAUAACUCGAUUGCCAGGAUGGUCCGAUCCUACUCAGCUCACCUUCAACGGCAGCCUUGUAGUGUCGGAUCCUCGGUCCGGGGUGUUUUGGUCGACCUAUACGGAUGGAGACCGUGUUUGGCUGUCCAACACUUCAAAUCUCCAAGUUGAGACGUCCGACGGCUCCGCCUUAUGGCAGAGUUUUGAUUUUCCGACGGAUACCCUCGUCGAGAAUCAGAAUUUCACCAGUAAAAUGUCCCUCGUUUCUUCCAACGGGAUAUACUCCAUGCGGCUGGGACAAGAUUUCAUGGGGCUGUACGCGAAGUUCAAGUCCGGGUCGGAUCCGGGGCAGAUAUACUUGAAACGCAGGGCGAUGCAAGCAAAAGCGGAAAUAGUCCAAGGUCAACCCAUUUAUGCAGUGGUCGAGUCUGACGGGUUCCUGGGCAUGUACCAGAACGGGACAACCCCGGUCGACGUUCAAUCAUUCAGCAGUUAUCAGCAACCCGUGUCCGGAGUGAGGCGGGUGCGGAUGGAGACAGACGGGAAUCUAAAGGGAUAUUUCUGGACGGGGUCGAGUUGGAUCCUGGACUACCAGGCGGUAUCCGACCCGUGUGAAUUGCCCUGCUCAUGCGGGCCAUACGGGCUGUGCCAACCGGGAAAGGGAUGCGGCUGUCUAAACAACAACGAGACGGAGCCCCAAACCGGGCGGUGCGUGUCACCGGGGAAUCACAAUCUGGUUGACUUUUGCAGCGCCUACGAUAACAAGUACAAAGCGCUGAGAAGCAGCGGGGUGGACCUGCCCUACAAGGAACUGAUGGGGUACCAAAUCAUGGAGAAUUUCCAGGAAUGCGAGAAUGCAUGCGAACGAAAUUGCACGUGUUGGGGUGCGGUGUACAGGAACACCUCUGGGUUCUGUUACAUCUUAGAUUAUCCCAUACAGACGCUAGUGCGGGUGGCGGAUGAAUCCAAAAUGGGCUACUUUAAGGUGAGCGAGGGUGUAGGGAAAGGGAAGAUGGACGUGGGAGUAGGAGUUGGGGUGGGGGUGUUGUGUGGGGCCAUUUUGGUAAUUGGCGGGGGUUUAGUGGGGUAUGGGUGGUAUAGGAUGAGGAGGGGUAAACAGAGGGGGGUGAGCGGCUACGUAAAAGAGGAGGGCAUAAUAGGUGGUGGGGUCGGACCAUACAAGGAUUUGGGAGCUGCCAGUUUUAGGUCAGUUGAACUAUCUGCGAGAUGACGUAAGGGAUGAUGGCAUUGGGCAUUGGCUGGAUUGGGUCUUUUUCAACUUGGGCUCAAAAAGCUUUUAAGUUCAUUGGAGUGGUGGUACAAAUACUUUGUGGGACCGGCAGAUCCGUUGGGUCAUUGUUGGGGGGUGGACUUUUUAUCUCUCCAGCUUUUGGGGGUCCCACAGUGCUAUCCUUGGAGGAGGGGGAGGCUCGGAGAGACGCUGGGAGCUGAUGAUUUUCUCCUCGAAAACCAAAAUUAGAUCACGAAGCCAAAACGGACAAAAAAUGCGAUUUUUAUUGCGGGAUUUGAUGUUCCAAUCAUUCAAUCAAAGUGGAUCUCGUGUAUUCGGUUUGUGGAAUAAUGCCAGUUUGCUUCGCAAAAUUACUAGCAUACAAUAAUGACAGCAUCUGUAAUUCCAUUUUGCGUUUUUUGGUCCAACGCCACUUAAUAGUCAGCUGAUGGAUGGUGCAUUACAACGUAAGCAACUGUUUUUUUGGAUGCCAUGUGCUUCCAUUUGGCAGUUUUGUGUUUGAGUUGUAUUUUUUUAGAGUUUUUUUUGGUAAAAAAUGUAUUGUAGCGUUUUGAUAUA